AUGCUCGGGUGCACAGCGAGGACCUUCGAGCAAAAGACGCCGGAAGUAAUGCUGUCCUUGUAUAACUGGAUGUGGUGGGAUUCUUUGUCAACCCUAACUCUUCCAUCUCCUCCAGGCAACAAGAAGAUGGAGUACAAGGCUCGCCAGUGGCAUGAGAAGUGUUUCUGCUGCUGUGUGUGCAAAACUCCGAUCGGCACCAAGAGCUUUAUCCCGCGCGACCAGGAGAUCUACUGCGCCGCUUGUUACGAGCAGAAGUUCGCGACCCGCUGCGUGAAGUGUUCCAAGGUGAGGGUGGUAAAACGGGCCGUCACCUACAAGAGCGACCCGUGGCACCGCGAAUGCUUCACCUGCACCAACUGUGAGGCUUCGUUGGCCGGGCAGCGCUUCACGUCACGGGAGGACAAGCCGUACUGCGCGGACUGCUUUGGGGAGCUGUUUGCCAAGCGGUGUACAGCCUGUUCCCGCCCCAUCACGGGCAUUGGUGGGACUCGGUUCAUCAGCUUCGAAGACCGACAUUGGCAUAACGACUGCUUCGUCUGCGCCUCCUGCAACGACUCUCUGGUGGGCAAAGGCUUCAUCACCGACGGCGCUGAUAUCUUGUGCCCCGAAUGUGCCAAGCAGAAACUAAUGUAAGGGGAAAAGGCAGGAGAGGAGGAGGAGGAGGAGGAGGACCCACAGCACCAUCAGGAGGAGGAAUCACACACACACACACACACACACAGAGAGAGAGAGAGAGAGAGAGAGAGAGAGAGAGAGAGAGAGAGAGAGAGAGAGAGAGAGAGAGAGAGAGAGAGAGAGAGAGAGAGAGA